AUGGCAUCGAAUCCAGAUCCAGACGCCCAACGCAAUCCCCCCAGCCUGGGGUUCAAGGCGCAAAGGACGGUCCUCCGGCUUCUCUGCUCUGGGGAGGAGUAUCGAAAGCUCCAUGAAUCCGUCAUUCAGAACCUCCCUCAAUCAAUACAAGAUAGAGCAUACUCGCCUGCUACGUACAAUAAUAUCAUCAAAUCAAGAGACAAGUAUACCACAGCAGCGCUACGCUCCUCCAUCCGACUAUUUUGGAUCACGCGCUUGGGUAUGAAAUUGCUGGAUUUCAUCAAAAGCCGAAUCAUAGCAAGGGCGGGUGCAUCAGGUGUCUUCUCAAACGUGCCGUUUCGCGAUUCUCCGGCUUUCCGACUUCCUCUAUCCUUAUCCCUGAUGCUACUUUUCCACCGAUUACUACAUCGCUUUUUCUCUCGACUACGCGCGAAUUUGCGUACAGACAAUGCCCAGCCUUUCCGAGAGAGGAAUCCGCGCAUAUCAAAAGCGCUAACAUCGAAAUAUGCACCAGCUAUAGGCGCCAGCUUGGCUGGCUUCUUCCUCGGUCUAUACCCACAGGCCCAGCUACGUCUUACAGUUGCCAUAUAUGCUUCCACGCGGAGCUUGGAGGUUCUAUAUAAUGCUUUGUUGGAGAACGGAUGGCUCUUAUUUCGUCCUUGGUGGUUUGGAAGCUGGCUUCUAAUGCCACUCUCCAUGGCCCAACUCUUCCAUGCUUUUGUAUUUGAUAGAGAAGCUACACCAUCUUGGUUUGGAAACGUUAUCCUGAAGUUCACCCCAGGGUAUAUAAAGCGGCGGCCUUCUGGUCUCCCAGGAACGGUGGCCUGGCCGGAACCAUUUGAAACAGUUGAUGCAUUGGCAAAAGUUGCGGAACUCAAUUGGCCGUAUGGCACCCUUCAUGUCAAUUUGGAUCAUUUUGAUAUCAAGCUAAUAACCUUUGUUUAG